AUGGGCAGUAGUAACAGCAACAACAUAUCCCGACGCCCCGAGGGUCCCAUCCACUUCGGCCCCUUCAACGUCACAACACAGGUGUUCCUGACUACGCCUCUCUCAUUCGCGCUGGUGAACCUGAAGCCGCUUCUCCCGGGGCACGUCCUCGUGUGUCCACGCACGCUUCAUAAGCGGCUUACAGACCUGUCGGCGGAUGAGCUGACAGAUCUAUUUGGAGCCGUGCAGCGGGUACAGCGGAUGCUAGCACGGUACUACUUUUCUCAACCCCAGCCCCAGGAUCCCACGCAGACAGAUGCAGAACCAGAGGAAAUUUCAGCACAGCCACCAGCAGCACCCGAGGCAGGGUCCUUCAAUAUCGCGAUUCAAGACGGUGCUGAAGCCGGCCAGACCGUCCCGCACGUUCACGUCCACGUGAUUCCGCGCAUCCGUGGCUCUACGGCCAAGGAGACGCACACGGAAGGCGAUGCUAUCUACGAGUUGAUGGCAGCUGAGGCGGGGAAUGUCGGCGGUGCGCUCUGGGACAAGGUGAUUAAGAGUCGGCCUCAGCCUGGCGGCGGGUUUCCGAGGGUGGAGGAUCCAGACCGGAUGGCGCGGUCCAUGGCCGAAAUGGAGGCCGAGGCAGAUGCGUAUAGAGGUGUGUUGGCGAGCAUGGGGGUUCGAGACGGAAGAUGA